AUGGACGGGAGCUUGGGAGAGAUGUCGCUGCACGGCCACGCCGAGCUACACUCGCGGGACCUCUCGGCCGCCUUCCCCCGCCCCCCGUUGGCGGGCGGGCCCCCUCUGGAACCCGAGCCGCGGGCGCCCCCGCCGGCUUUCGAGCACUCCAUGUCCGCGCUCGGGUACAGCGGCGACUCCCCGUCCGGGUCGGGCAGCACGUACACCACUCUGACCCCGUUGCAACCCUUCGACGAUAAGUUCCACCACCAUCACCACCACCACCACCCCUGCCUGCCCGUCAGUAACGUGAUCGGGAGUUUCACGCUAAUGCGCGAGGAGCGAGGGGGCCUCCCCGCUAAUUUCUACAACCCUUACGCCAAAGAUCUGAGCCAGAGUUUGACGCCUCCCUCUUCGGGGCUGCACGGCUACGGGAGCCCCAACGGGGGCGCUACCGGGGGUGGGCAGAUGCUCCACGGCGGCUACGACGUCCACGGAGGAAGCCUCUUCUGCAGGACGUCGGACUUUGCAAGAGAGAUGUCGCCCCCCGGGUUGGGCGCCGGGGACAUGUCCUUAGGGGGGCACCAGCUAAACAAAAUGGACGGGGCCGGGCACCACCCUCACCUCUACGGUCAACACUACCAGACGCACCACCACCACCCGAGCCAGCAAACCGCCAAAAUCGUCGACCACCUCCACUCUUUGUCCUCGUCCCCGGGGGACGGCGCUCUAGGGGGAGCGUCCCCGGGCGGCGGGGUGGUCCCCGGGGGCGGCGAGGAGAUCAACACCCGCGACGUGGCCCAGAGGAUCAUUACCGAGCUGAAGCGGUACAGCAUCCCGCAGGCCAUCUUCGCCGAGCGCAUUCUGUGCCGCUCGCAGGGGACGCUGUCCGACCUCCUGAGGAACCCCAAACCUUGGGCCAAGCUCAAAUCCGGACGCGAGACCUUCAAGAGGAUGUCACGCUGGCUGCAGGAGCCCGAGUUCCAGAGGAUGGCCUCGCUCCGACUAGAGGCUUGCAAGAGGAAGGAGCAAGAGCAGAGCAAGCUCGAGCGAAACCAAGGUCCCAAACGCACCCGGUUGGUGUUCACCGACCUGCAACGGCGCACCCUGCUGGCCAUCUUUCGGGAGAACCACCGGCCCACCAAGGACCUGCAGGUGACCAUCUCGCAGCAGCUGGGCUUGGAGCUGUCCACCGUUAGCAACUUCUUCAUGAACGCGCGCCGACGCAACCUCAACAAGUGGAUCGACGAGGGACGCCCGUCCUCCACGGGGUCCUCGGGAUCCAGCGUCUCGUCUUCGGCGGUGUCCUGCAGCACGGCGUGA